AUGCCAGCGUAUACAGCCGGACCUGCGUCCGCAUCUGCACCUAUCUCUGGCUUGCCACCUCCAGUCUCCGGGUCUUUACAUCAGUCGCGCCCAAAUUCAACAGCCCAGGCCGGCAGACAUACUAGCGAAGAAGCAGUUUCCGGGAAACCCCUCCCUCGUAGGGCAUCAUUCUCUCAGAAAGCAUCUGGAACUCCCAAAAGGCAACCCAUCAGGAAGAAGGACUCCUCCUCGGCCGUAGCUUUAUUCAACGACGUGGUGCAAAAGCCAGACGCUAGUGCUAGCAAAUCGUUUGCUUCCACUGUUUCUCGCCCAUCUUCCUCGUCAAUUGCGCUGGGAGAGUGGGAAGUCGCUGCCAAAAUGAAGGAAUUGAUCGAAAGGAACGACCUUGAUGACCCGGAAAAGCUGCAGCUAUGCCAAAACGACAUAUGGCCGCAUGUCAAGGAGCUGCGUGGCCAUCUCCCCAAGCAUCUCUACAUUUUGACUACGCAAUUCUUAUCGACCAUGUGUGAAAGCGCCGCGGAGCACGGUGUCAGGGGCACGAGUGUUGCUCUGUCCAAAAUGUUUGGUACUAUCGGUAAAUGGGACCUGGAUUUGCGGAAUCAGCUUGUCUUGGGCCUGUGCUACACCUUGAUCAGCAAGAAGCACACUUCAGCAGAGCGAAAUGUACUCCUCGACGAACUUUUGGACAUGUGGAAGCAUAUUUCGCAGUUGCGGAGGAUGAGUCAGGUGCAACAUGGCCAUGGCCACGGACUACGAUUUGUUUUGCCGACCGUGAACGAGAUGCUCGCAGAAUUUUCAACGCUUCCUACACCGGUGUCCAAACAAGAAGAGUCGAAGAACAGCAAGGGUUCAAAGAUGGCGCCUACGACUAAAGAUUUGGCGAGAAUCUUCAUCCAGUUCCGUAUCGAGCAGUCUCGUGAAGUUGUGCCCGGUCUUUUGGCGACUUUGGCUGUUCUUUCUGACCCGCGUUUGGCGAGAGAGGGGAGUCAAAUCAAGGCGGCGCCAUUAUUGAACCUCGUUACUGUUGCACUGGCAGACCAGCCUGCAGACGAAGCAUAUGUCAACGACUUGUUCGCCAGCAAAAUCAAGUUCCCGCCGGCAAAACUAUCCGAAUUGCAGUCGUAUGUGGUAUCCCAGUGGCCGCAAGCAAGAAACAUGGUGUUCAGGAAGGAUUCAGCGUGGCGCAAAGGCACGAAAUCAUCUCACAGGCCAUCACAUUCGUCAGGCGAAGCGUCUGGCCUCUCGAUUUUUCACAAGCAGCUUCGUGCAGCGUACCGAGCUCGCAACACUGGUGCCAUUGUAUCCAUAUGGCAGGAUCUGAAGGAUAAUCUGGCUCAAAACCCAGACCUGGGACGACAGAUGAGCGAAGACGCAGAGUUUAUCGAUUUCUGGAUCUUUGUCUGGUGCGCGGUACGGCGACCCAACAAGCUACAGGAAACGCUAGAUGUCAUGCGGGAUAUCAAUGUCUCGCCUACAGUUCGGUCCUUCACCAGCAUGAUGCACGGGUGGAAAAUGUGCAAAGACGUCGAACGAAUUGAAAGCCUGUGGAACAAAUUAGUCGAGUCCAGCCUCAGACUCGAUUCCGUUAUAUGGACAGCACGCAUCUCCGGCCUCAUUGAGUCGGGUAAACCGGAGUCUGGCAUCCAAGCCCUCGCAGAGAUGCAAAGUAUCUGGAAAAAGGCCGUCGCCAGCAGAGGCAGCGUCGAAAGUGCAGCCAAGAUAGCCAUCCAGCCCAGCAUUGAGGUUGUCAAUGCCGCCUUCAAGGGCCUCAUUAGGCUCGAUCGCCGGGCGGCAAACGAAGUGCUCGCAUGGGCUGGAAGGGAAGGUAUCGAGCCCAACAUCCGCACAUACAACAUUCUUCUAAGGGAGAGUUUCCGCACCAACGACCCCGAGGAUGUGCAAAGUCUGCUAAAGGCCAUGAAGAAGCAGGGCGUGGAACCCGACGCAGCGUCGUUCACCAUCAUCCUUGAGGAACUUCUCGGCGCCAUGGAGAAUGCCUCGGCCGCCGAACAGGUGCACGUCGUGCGCCAGAUCUUCGCAGACAUUGAAGCCGCGGGGCUGAGGGCCAAUCAAGAAACAUACGGCAAGAUGCUGUAUGCCGUGGCGUCGCUUGCCAAUGGCGGUGCGGAUGAGGCCAUUGCCGCGGUGCAGGCACACAUGAAUGCCGCUGGGCUGUCUGCGACGCCGCACAUGGUGACGAUUCUCAUCGAGCGAGCGGUUUCUCGUAAUCCCUUGCCUCCUAAUGGGGCCGCGAUCCGCGCCCUCCUCCGGGAACACAAGCUAUCGAGUGUCAGUCAGGGCGACCAGACGCUGUGGGAGCGUGUGAUUAGCGCCUAUGCCGUCACGGGGGAUCUUCACUCUGCGAUGAGGGUGUUUGACGAUCUUGCUCGCCGUGGACGCCCAGUUACGUCGCUGCCUUGCUUGACGGAUUUGUUGAAGGCGUUGCUGGAGAUUGGUGAUGUUGCUGACGUUGAGGAUGCGAAGAAAGUCGUGGCGGUUGUGUUGGACCAUAUGCUCAAGAGGGCGGCGGCGGAGGGCUCGUUUGGUAGGGAUAACAGGUACUGGAGGCAUCAUUUUUGGUACCUUGCCAGGGAGAAUGGGUUGAUUAAUUGGGCGGAUGUGCCGGAGGGUUUGGAAACCAAGUUGCGUGUAUGA